GUUUAAAGUUAAAGGAGGGGUUUAAAAUCUAAAUUCACUUCCUGAUUCAAUAUUAGGAGCUCCAAUUUUCUGAUGUGCAGUAAGGAUCCAACUAAAACGAUCCAGGAUAUUAAGAAUGGCCCUUUCAGACCCCAUGCAACCGGAGGACAAAGACGAGCCGUUUGUUCUGAGAGCGCUCAAGAUCGCAAUGGUCGUGGCUCUGUACUGGUUCAUCUCCAUUACUAUGGUCUUUCUCAAUAACGCUCUGUUAGACAGCAAGGAGCUGGAUGCACCUAUAUUCGUCACGUUUUUCCAGUGUGUGGUCAGCGUGGGACUUUGUUGGCUCAUGCAUUUUCUGUCCAAGCUGUGUCCGGGGCGCGUGGAUUUCCCCUCUUUGAAACUGGAUCUGAGGGUGUCCAGGGAGUUGCUGCCUUUGUCUGUGGUCUUUAUAAGCAUGAUCACAUUUAACAACCUGUGCCUGAAGCACGUGGGAGUUGCCUUCUACACCGUUGGCCGAUCGCUUACCACUGUAUUUAACGUCAUUUUAUCGUACUUCGUUCUAAAACAGACCACGUCUUUUUACGCGUUGCUGUGUUGUGGAUUCAUUCUGGGUGGUUUCUGGCUUGGUGUGGAUCAGGAAGGGGUGGCCGGCUCCCUGUCCUGGACGGGCGUCAUUUUCGGUGUCCUGGCCAGUCUGUGUGUCUGUCUUAAUGCCAUCUUCACAAAGAAAGUGAUGCCUGUGGUGGACGGAAAUCUAUGGAAGCUCUCUUACUACAACAACCUCAACGCCUCGGUGCUUUUUAUACCGCUCAUUGUGGUAUUCGGUGAAGUGGGAAAUUUGUCUCAAUUUACCCGACUGACACACUUACAUUUUUGGGGCAUGAUGAUUUUGGGUGGAGUCUUCGGUUUUGCCAUUGGUUACGUAACAGGACUCCAGAUCAAGUUCACCAGCCCGUUGACGCACAAUGUGUCAGGCACGGCCAAAGCGUGUGCUCAGACGGUGUUGGCAGUAGCGUACGACGCCUCCAGUAAGAGCGUGCUCUGGUGGACCAGUAAUAUGAUGGUGCUGGCUGGAUCAUUUGCGUACACGUGGGUCAAAGGACUUGAGAUGAAGAAAAUUAAAGCACCUGUGGACACAGAAAGCACAACUCCUCUAAAGACUAAAGAAGACUCCGGGGUGUAGAAGUUUUUUUAAAGCCUUUAAAAUGCCUUUAUUUUAGAGACAGUUUGUUUUGUGAAUCUACCUGUUUUAUACUAUUAUAUGGUUGUUUGAUCAUUUGACGUAUUUAAAUGAAUGGUUGGAAAAUAUUAAAGCAGCUCGUUUAUUCAUAA